AUGUCUUCCUUCACCGGUGUAUCCAUCGUCCAAGGCCAUGAGGGGUGCUCUUGCAACACAUGGGCCGUCGACGCCGGCACGAACAACGGCUACCACCUCCUUAUGGUCAAUGGCUACUCGCGUACCAAAGAAGACACACCCGUCGCCGUUUGCAUCAGCUCUGGUGCUUUUGUGGUAGGAGGCCAUGCUUGGUUCCUUGAGUACUUCCCUAAUGGCGAGAACCCGAACUGCGCCGACUUCAUCUGUCUCUAUGUAUCCCUUUUCCGUCAAGACGACAAACCAGUGGAUGCCAGGUUCAGUUUUAGUUUCAUCGAUCAAGUUGAGGAGCAGAUGCCAAUGUACAUUCGUGCAACCAAUCAAGCCUGCAGGUUCGCCGACGACGACAGUGAUUCCUGGGGCACCAGGAAGUUUCUUAGAAAAGAUGCCCUUGAACGAUCCGCGCAUCUAAAGGGCGAUUCUUUCACCAUCCGGUGUGACAUAAUGGUUUGCAAGGAUCCCAACACCGAGGAUGCCAGUGGUCACGACACCAAGGUGCUCCUCUCUGACAUAGACCAGCAUUUUCAUACUCUCCUUCAAACCAAGGUGGGUGCUGAUGUGACAUUCGAGGUUAGUGGCGAGACUUUCACCGCACAUCGUUGUGUGCUUGCAGCCCGGUCCAAAGUCUUCAUGGCACAACUCUUUGGUCCCAGGAAGGGGGGCACUACAACGUCCGGUGUCAUACAUAUCAAAGACAUGAGAGCAAAUGUGUUUAGAGCAUUGCUUAGAUUCAUCUACACAGACUCAUUCCCUGAGAUAGAGAAGGACGACAUGGAGGAGGAAGAAGUGUCACAGGUUUUAGAAGGAGGACAAAAAGAGGAAGCAACAGAGGAUGAAAUGUGGAUUCAAUGGAUCCAGGACUUGUUUGUGGCGGCAGAUAGGUACGAUCUUCGACGGCUCAAGUGCAUAUCAGAAAGGCAAUUGUCUGACAGCAUAGGUGUGAGCUCGGUGAUGUCCACUCUUGCUCUAGCCGAGCAGCACCACUGCCACGGAUUGAAGGAGGCAUGCUUGAAGUUUAUCCAAGUCCAGUCCCCCUCAUGCUUACAAACAGUAACGACGACCGAUGGCUGGGAUCAUGUAGUUUCGACCUAUCCCUCUGUUUUGAAGGAGCUCUUUGUCAAGCUUGCUUCGAACCGACAAAAGUAA